AUGUCUAGCGUUACACCAUCUGCCUUGAGACAGGCAUCUCGUGCCUAUGCUCGUCGACUCCCGUCGACUCAGCAUGGCUCCCUGCCGACCGCGUCCUUCCCCAGACGGGUGCUCGCCACCUCCGGUGGUGCAGCUUCGAGACGAACAUAUGUUACCGAGACCAAAGCGGGAAGUGCUCAGGUUUCGAUCGACACGGCCAUCAAACAGGAGCAGAAGAACUUCAUCAAGCAGACAGGUCUUCAGCCUGGAAAGGUCGAACUUCCUGCCUCUAGCAUCUCCGGAGAUGCUUCGAUGAGUCCCUCCGCGGGUAUUCUGAAACAAGCAACGGUCAUGGACCAAGGAACGCGACCCAUCUAUUUGGACAUGCAGGCCACUACGCCGCUUGACCCUCGUGUUCUCGACGCUAUGCUUCCCUAUCUCACCGGUAUCUACGGAAACCCUCAUUCCAGGACUCACGCGUAUGGUUGGGAGUCGGAGAAGGCUGUCGAACAAGCCAGAGAGCAUAUUGCGAAAUUGAUUGGGGCGGAUUCAAAGGAGAUCAUUUUUACGAGCGGUGCCACCGAAAGUAACAACAUGAGCAUCAAGGGUGUGGCCAGAUUCUUUGGUCGUUCCGGCAAGAAGAAGCACAUUAUCACAACGCAGACUGAGCACAAGUGUGUAUUGGACAGCUGCCGGCAUCUUCAAGAUGAGGGGUUCGAAGUCACAUACCUGCCCGUUCAAAGUAACGGACUGGUCCGGAUGGAGGAUCUCGAAGCCGCAAUUCGACCCGACACGGCUCUGGUCAGCAUUAUGGCCGUCAACAAUGAGAUUGGUGUGAUUCAACCUAUGGAAGAGAUCGGAAAACUCUGCCGUUCGAAGAAGGUUUUCUUCCACACUGAUGCUGCUCAGGCAGUUGGCAAGAUCCCCUUGGAUGUCAACAAGCUGAACAUCGAUUUGAUGUCUAUCUCCAGCCACAAGAUUUAUGGUCCCAAGGGCAUUGGUGCUUGCUAUGUUCGACGCAGACCUAGGGUUCGCCUUGAGCCCAUCAUCUCCGGUGGUGGACAGGAACGAGGAUUGCGCAGUGGUACGCUCGCUCCUCACUUGGUUGUUGGUUUCGGCGAGGCUUGCCGCAUCGCCGGUCAGGAUAUGGAGUAUGAUAGGAAACACGUUGAACGGCUGUCGAAGCGCCUACUGGAUGGACUUCUGGCUAUGGAACACACCACGCUCAAUGGAGAUGCUGAGCGCCAUUACCCUGGAUGCGUCAACGUCUCGUUCGCUUACAUUGAGGGCGAGUCCCUUCUGAUGGCUCUGAAGGACAUUGCGCUGUCGUCCGGUAGUGCCUGUACAUCUGCCUCGCUGGAGCCCAGCUACGUCCUUCGUGCGUUGGGCAGCAGUGAUGAGAGCGCUCACAGCAGUAUUCGUUUUGGUAUUGGACGGUUCACAACAGAUAGUGAGAUCGACUACGUCCUCAAGGCGGUUCAGGACCGCGUCCAUUUCCUUCGAGAGCUGAGUCCUCUGUGGGAGUUGGUUCAGGAGGGCAUUGAUCUGAACACCAUCCAAUGGAGUCAGCAUUAA